AUGAAGUCUCCCCUCCCUUUCUCCCUCACCUGCCACACAGAGAAGCAGGGUCCUGAGCGGAAGCGGAUCAAGAAGGAGCCUGUUUCCCGAAAGUCCAGGCUACUAUUCGGCAUGGGGCUGUCUGGGAUUCGAGCUGGAUACCCUCUCUCUGAGCGUCAGCAGGUGGCUCUGCUCUUGCAGACGACUGCUGAGGAGUCUGCAAAUAGCCCAGUAGACACAACACCAAACCACCCCUCCCAGUCUACACUGUGUCAGAAGGGGACCCCCAACUCUGCCUCAAAAACCAAAGAUAAGGUAAAUAAGAGAAACGAACGAAGAGAGACACGUCUGCAUCGAGCAGCCGUCAGGGGCGAUGCCCGGCGCAUCAAGGAGCUCAUCAGUGAAGGCGCAGAUGUCAAUGUCAAGGACUUUGCAGGCUGGACUGCACUGCAUGAGGCCUGUAACUGGGGCUAUUAUGACAUCGCCAAGCAGCUGUUCGCCGCUGGUGCAGAGGUGAACACUAAGGGGCUGGAUGACGACACGCCUUUGCACGAUGCCGCCAACAACGGGCACUACAAGGUGGUGAAGUUGUUGUUACAGUAUGGCGGAAACCCUCAACAAAGCAACAGGAAAGGCGAGACACCGUUGGAGCUCUCCUCACUGGAAGUGUAUAUGCCUCUGCCUAACAGGAGAUUCACCAUCGUUGGGGAAUUGGCUACUUUCAACGGUGUCUCACUACCUAGUAAAAGUGAGUCCUCAGAGAGUGAUGAGGAUGAUGGGGACUCUGUGGGAAGUGCAGGCUGCCUCAAGGGGUCCCCUCUGGUGCUGAAGGACCCUUCCCUACUUAGCUCACUGUCUGCCUCCUCCACCUUGUCUCAUGGUAGUGCUGCGGCCCAGAAACAUAGCUCUGGCCACACGGACCAGCACACUAAGCACUGGUGCACUGACAACUGGAAAGCCACUUCUUCCCCAGCCUGGUCUGAGGUCAGCCAAGAACGUAAAUUGAAAAGCUUUACGUACGAGUAUGAGGACUCCAAACAAAAGCCAGAUAAGGCCAUCCUCUUAGAUAACGACAUUUCCACUGAAAAUAAGUUGAAAGUAUUGAAGCACGACAGAGACCAUUUUAAGAAAGAAGAUAAACUUGCUAAGAUGAAGUCAGAGGAUAAAAAGUGGCUCUUUAAGGAUGAAAAGACACUAAAGAGAAUCAAGGAUAUGAACAAAGACAUCAACAGAUUAUUCUAGGAAGAAAAAGAGCGUUCCAGUAAGGCAGAAAGGGAGAAGUCUACAAAGGAAAAGUCUCCCAAGGAGGAAAAACUGAGACUGUACAAAGAGGAAAGGAAGAAAAGGUCCAAAGACCGACCUUCCAAGUUAGAGAAGAAGAAGGACAUGAAAGAGGACAUUUCCAUGGAGAAGGACAAGGCCUUCAAAGAGGACAAAGAAAAACUAAAAAAGGAAAAGGUGUACAGAGAAGAUGCUAAUUUUGAUGAAUAUUGUAACAAAAGUCAGUAUCUGGAGCAUGAGGACACCAAAUUCAGCCUUUCUGAUGACCAACAAGAGAGGUGGUUUUCUGACCUGUCAGAUUCCUCUUUUGAUUUCAAAGGAGAGUACAGAUGGGACUCUCCAGUGACAGACUAUAGGGACAUCAAGACUGACUCAGUGGCCAAACUUAUCCUGGAAACAGUCAAAGAAGAGAAUAAGGAAAAGAAGCGUGACAACAAAAUCCGAGAAAAGCGAGACUUCAGAGACUCUUUCUUCCGAAAGAAAGACAGGGACUAUCUAGACAAGAAUUCUGAGAAGAAGAGGAAGGACAAGGGCAGAACAGAAAAGUACAAAGACAAGUUCAGUGAGAGAGACAGGAGCAAGAAGUCUGUCCUCGAAAAGUGUCAGAAAGACAAAGAGUUUGAAAAAUGUUUUAAAGAGAAGAAAGAUAGCAAGGAAAAGCAUAAAGAAAUACACAGCAAAGACAGGAAAGCUUCCCUUGACCAAAUGAGAGAGAAGGAGAGAAUGUUCCCUAGCAUCAUCUCAGAAGACUUCUCAGAAAAAAAGGACGAUAAAAAGGGGAAGGAGAAGAGCUGGUACAUCGCAGACAUAUUCACAGAUGAAAGUGAAGACAAGAAAGAUGAUUACAUGACCAGCAGCUUCAAAGUUGGAGAGGCCAGCGACACACAGAGAGUGGACAGCCUCCAGGAGAAGGAAGAUGGAAGAGAACAUCCCUCAGAUAGGCACAGGAAGGCCUCUUCUGACAGGCAGCACACAGAGAAGCCAAGAGACAAAGAGCUCAAGGAAAAGAAGAAAGACAGAGGAGUUGCGGAAGGGGGCAAGGACAAGAAGGAAAAAAUCUUUGAGAAACACAAAGAAAAGAAAGAUAAAGAGUGUGCAGAAAAAUACAAGGACAGGAAAGACAGAGUUUCUGUCGACUCUGCCCAAGACAAGAAAAACAAUCAGAAGCUCCCUGAAAAGAUUGAAAAGAAGCACUUUGCUGAAGACAAGGCCAAGAGUAAGCACAAAGAGAAGCCAGAGAAGGAGCACUCCAGAGAAAGAAAAUCUUCACGAGGCCCUGAAGUGGAGAAGAGCCUACUAGAGAAGCUGGAGGAAGAGGCUCUGCGAGAAGACUCCAAUGACAAGAUCAGUGAAGUCUCCUCUGACAGUUUUGCUGACCACGGCCAGGAACCCAGCCUAAGCACGCUUCUGGAGGUAUCCUUUUCUGAGCCACCACCAGAGGACAAGGCCAGGGAGAGUACCUGCCUCUCAGAGAAGUUGAGGGAGAAGGAGAGGCACAGGCAUUCCUCAUCAUCUUCUAAGAAAAGUCAUGAGCGUGAGAGAGCCAAGAAGGAAAAGGCAGAGAAGAAAGAAAAGAGUGAAGACUACAAGGACAGUAGCAGUGGCAUCAGGAAGGACUCCAACCAAUAUGAAAAAGACUUCUUAGAUACAGAAACUUACGGUAUUUCUUACAACACAAAAGCUGACAUUGAAGAGGAACUAGAUAAAGUUAUUGAAUUGUUUUCUUCAGAAAAGAAAGACAGAACUGAUACUGAAAGAGAACCUGCAAAGAAAAUAGAAAAGGAACUAAAGCCGUAUGGGUCAAGUGCCAUCAGCAUGCUAAAAGAGAAGAAGAAGAGAGAGAAGCACAGAGAAAAGUGGAGGGAGGAGAAGGAGAAACACUGGGACAAGCAUGUAGAUGGGUUCUUGAGACAUCACAAGGAUGAGCCAAAGCCUGCAGCUAAAGAUAAGGACAACCCUCCCAACUCCUUUAAGGAGAAGUCUAGGGACGAAAGCCUGAAGCUCAGCGAGACCAAGCUGAAGGAGAAAUUCAAGGAGAACACAGAGCGAGAAAAGGGCAAUGGGAAUGACAAGCUCCUGCCAUCUAGAGACUCAAGCAAGAAAGACAUCAGGCCCCGCGAGAAGCUCCUGGGAGAUGGCGAUCUCAUGAUGACAAGUUUUGAAAGGAUGCUAUCCCAGAAAGAUCUUGAGAUUGAGGAGCGGCACAAGCGACACAAGCAACACAUGAAACAGAUGGAGAAGAUGCAGCAUGGGUCUGGAGACCCCAAGCUCAAAGAGAAGAAACCCACUGAUGACGGGCGCAAAAAGAGCCUGGACCUUCCUUCCAAGAAAUCUGUGGGCCUAGAUCCUCCUUUUAAAGACAAAAAGCUCAAGGAAUUGGCUCCCAUGAUGCAUGGUGAAAACAAGCCACACAAUGGACCAGGUACAGAGUCCAAAGAUGAGGUUCUGCCUGCUUCACCCCAGACUGAGCAGGGCCGACCCACUGGGGUGCCUACCCCCACCUCAGUGGUGUCAUGCCCCAGCUAUGAGGAGGUGAUGCACAUGCCCAGGACCCCAUCCUGCAGUGCUGAUGAUUACCCUGACCUGGUGUUUGACUGCACUGACUCCCAGCAUUCCAUGCCUGUCUCCACCACAUCCACCAGUGCCUGCUCUCCACCCUUUUUUGACAGGUUCUCUGUGGCUUCCAGUGUGGUUUCAGAAAACCCAGGCCAGACACCUACAAGGCCUGUCUCCACAAACCUGUAUCGCUCAAUCUCCAUGGAUAUCAGAAGGACCCCAGAAGAGGAAUUCAGUGUUGGGGACAAGCUGUUCAGGCAACAGAGUGUUCCUGCAGCCUCUAGUUUUGAUUCCCCAGUACAGCACUUAAUGGAAGAACCUGUUUCUGCAGAGAAGUUUGCCUGUCUGUCCCCUGGGUACUACUCCCCAGACUAUGGUAUCCCCUCACCCAAGGUGGACACUCUGCACUGUCCACCAACAGCUGUGGUCAGUGCCACACCACCCCCAGACAGCGUCUUCUCCAGCCUACCAGCAAAGUCUUCCCCUUCCCCAAGAGGUGAACUGUUGACCCCAGCCAUGGAAGGGUCCCUGCCCUCAGAUCUAAGCCUACCUCUGGAUGCCACAGAGGACCAGCAGGCCACAGCUGCCAUCCUUCCCCGAGAGCCCAGCUAUCUGGAGCCCCUGGAUGAGGGUCCCUUCAACACGGUGAUUACCGAGGAACCUGUUGAGUGGACACACACUGCUGCAGAACAAGCCCUUUCUUCCACCCUUAUUGCUAGUGCCUCUGAAAACCCUGUCAGCUGGCCUAUGGGCUCUGAACUUCUGCUAAAGUCUCCACAGAGGUUUGCAGAAUCCCCAAAACAUUUCUACGCUCGGGAGUCCCUCCAUUCCACCAACCCAGGGUCCUUCAGUGCUGCAGAGCCCACAUAUCCCGUCUCUCCAGUCACUUACCCUCUGCCAGCCCCUGAGUCAGGCUUAGAGGAAGUCAAAGAUGGUGGGACAGGAGCAGUCCCAGUGGCCAUCUCUGCUGCAGAAGGGACUGCUCCUUACGCUGCUCCCGCCAGGAUGGAGUCCUUCUUUAGCAACUGUAGAUCACUCCCAGAUGCACCCCUGGACACAACCCCCGAGCCUACAUGUGUAACUACUGUGGCUCAGGUAGAGGCUCUGGGACCCUUAGAGAGCAGCUUACUAGACAGCAAUCAUAGUAUAUCUGCCCUCAGCCAGGUAGAACCAGUGCCAUGGCACGAAGCCUUUACCAGCCCUGAGGAUGACCUCGACCUGGGGCCUUUCUCACUGCCAGAGUGCCCUCUCCAGGCCAAAGAUACUUCAGAUCUUGAGGCAGAAGCUGUUCCUCCAGUAGAGCGCUCUCCAUGCCCCACUGAGCCUGAGUCCUCGGAGGAACCAAAGCUGGAUAUAGUUCUAGAAGCUGCAGUGGAAACAGAGGUCUCCAACUUGGUGCCGGCACCCAGUCCUCCUGAACAACAUCUGGGAAGUGUUGAUGAAGAGACUGAGGCCGAAGAGGCUUCUGCUCCCUGCUGUGCACCUGAUGGCCCCACCACAGAUGACAUUGAGCCCUACCACAGCGACAGGUCCAACCCAUACUUUGAGUACCUUCAAAUACGAAAGAAGAUUGAAGAGAAACGCAAGAUCCUCUGCUGCAUAACUCCGCAGGCACCCCAAUGCUAUGCUGAGUAUGUCACCUACAUGGGGUCCUACCUCUUGGAUGGCAAACCACUCAGCAAGCUGCACAUCCCUGUGAUAGCACCCCCUCCCUACCUGGCGGAGCCCCUGAAGGAGCUGUUCAAGCAGCAAGAGGCUGUGUGGGGUAAGCUGCGCCUACAGCACAGCAUAGAAAGGGAGAAGCUGAUUGUGUCCUGCGAGCAAGAGAUUCUUCGGGUUCACUGCCGUGCAGCCAGGACCAUUGCCAACCAGGCAGUACCAUUCAGUGCGUGCACAAUGCUGCUAGACUCUGAGGUUUAUAAUAUGCCUCUAGAAAUCCAGGGUGAUGAGAACAAGUCUGUGCGGGACCAUGCCCGACAGUUCAUCUCUUGGCUGCAGGACGUAGAUGACAAGUAUGACCGUAUGAAGCUGAACUGCCCCUCUCACCCGGAGAUUGUCCGGCUGAACCCGUGCUUUCUCUGGUGUGUCCCCACCCCCCCUCCCCCGGCCUUCCACCCUCGGCUAGACCUGUUUUUAUCCGCUCCCAGAACUUUGGAUCUUCUGGUUCUCUUUUCUCCUCUUCUUUCUGCUCUUUUUCUGUCCUCUUUACGUAUGGGCUCACUACGGUGUGAGCACAUUGGCUGCAACGGGCGGUCUCCCGGCCUGACUGUUUCCCUCCGGCCCAGGAUUUCGUCUCCCAUUGGAGGUGUUACCAUGGUUCUAGCCAUGGGCACUAAGCCUUCAAAAAUAGUUCCCCCACCCUUUCCCCUAGGACAGCUUUUGGAAGCUCUUCAGCCUCAUGCCCUAAUUCCUUCCAUUAAGUUUUCUACACUCAUCCGUCUCUGCUCAAAAACAUGGCCAAAAUAUUUGUUACACGGAAAUUUCAAAUGGCCUCCUCAUGGCUCCUUCAACCCCAAUAUUCUACGGGAGCUAGCUAACUAUUGUCACCGUUCAGCUAAGUGGAAAGAAAUGAUGUAUAUAAUGGUGUUCUUUUACAUGGCCCUUAAAACUGACCCCGCUGCUGCCACUCACUGUUCACCUGCCCACAUGUUCUUAGCAAUGCCAUCCCUCCAGGAACCCUCUGCUCCUGCCAUGGACCCCGCAGAUGAACCUCCACCCCCUGGUCUCGGAGAGCCACCUCCUCCUGCUCUGCCCGGUCAAGUGACACCUCACCUAAGCCUUCUUCUUCCAAAGUUUCUCCCAGGCAUACAAAGCCCUCACCUGAGCUUUCUCACUAUGACACCUCACGUCUCCAUCCGGCUCCUCAGGCUCCGCCUCCUCCCACCCCUCUCUCCUCAUCGUAGGUCACACAGGUCAUCAGAAGACUCUUCAGGUUCAUCCUCCCCAUCUCUCUCCCACCCUACUCUGCCUCCUCGGUCUUCCAAAGCCCCGCCGAGUUCCCCUUCCUCUCGUGCAGGACAUCUUGCCCUGGCACCUUCCUUCACUCCUCCGCUCACGCGUUCACGUGCCGCCACAGAGCCUAAUCCUAGCCAAGCCAAGCCUGCUGCCAUCCUGCUGCUGCGGGAGGUGGCUGGUGCAGAUGGAUUGGUUAGGGUUCAUGUUCCGGUUUCCCUGUCGGAACUUUCCCAUAUAGCCAAAUUACUUGGGUCCUAUACAUCUAAUCCUACCACUUCUAUAAAAGAAUUUCAAUGUAUUACCCAGUCCUACAACCUUACUUUUCACGACAUUUUUAUGAUCCUGUCUAAUAACUUACUUACUGAGGAGCGCAGGCGGGUCUGGGAACAGACCAGACAACAUGCGGACGAAGUUCACCAAACUCUAGCCUCCCACCCUCCGGGGGCAGAGGCGGUCCCAGACCAAGAACCACACUGGGACUAUAAGAGUUCGGGUGGGGUUUUGGCCAGGGACCGAUUUUUAACUUGUCUCCUCACAGGCCUCCACAUCAAGGCCAAGCUCAGGCGUUUGGAGAAGGGCCCUUUAACCCCACAGGCAGAAGUCCUGGAGACAGCUUUCAAAGUGUAUCAUGCACGACACGACAAAGCUCGCAAUCACUGCCAUGUGAUAGCCGUGGCUGCUCAACCGACCGAGGUGACAGACUACCCAUCUCGUCCCGUUCGUGCUGCUCCCCUACCUCCCAGGGUGCGUGAACCACCAGGGCCGUGCUUCAAGUGUGCCUCCCAAGUGGAUCCUCUGGUGUGGGACACCCAAAAUCCCUCCGUAGCUAAAUACCAUUCCCCCAUUGUUAUUCAGUUACAAAACCCUACCAAGUAUAUUACUCAAGCUCAGUACCGCCUCUCUUCCCAGAGCCUCAGAGGACUUAAGCCUAUUUUCUCUGACCUUUUGAGGAAAGGGCUGCUCCGCAGCACCUCCUCCCCCUUUAAUACCCUUAUACUGGCUGUUAAAAAAUCUAACGGAACUUAUCAUUUGGUUCAGGACCUCCGACUCAUUAAUUCUGCUGUUGUUCCUCUUCACCCAGCGAUCCUCCCACCUCUGCUCUCCAGAGCACUGGAGCCACCAGACUGUCUGGCUCUCGACAUGGGUGCUGGAGCCUUUGUUGUCUUUCUGCUUGCUCAGCUAGCACCCUUACCCCCUUAG